AUGGCAACGGAGGAGGAAUUGUCGAGUAUUAUUGGGAGAUUGUCUCUAAGGGAAGGGGAAGCAACCAGGCAUUCCACUAGUUCCUUGACUACUACUCACAUAGAUCCUUUCCUCACCAUCAUUGGGAAACUCCACUGUCCAAGGGUGGUUACACAUGAUUCCAUCACCACUCAUUGUAGGAAUAUAUGGUCUUUGCGGCGAGGAUUUGCGGUAAGGCCAGUUGGGGAAAAUUUGGUUCAUUUUAAAUUCAACGAUCGUAUAGAUUGGGCUAGGGUUAUGCAUGGUGAACCGUGGUUACUAGGUAGGAAGUAUCCUCUUGUCUUACAACCAUCUUAUGAUCUCAACGCUGAUUUUGACUUGUGUCCUUGGUGGAUUCAUCUGUAUAAUGGUCCAUGGCUUCAAGCGAAAGAAGUGGCUCCAUGGAGUGAAAGCCAGUCUCACCGAGUUACAGUACCCCCAAAUCGAGCAGCAGCCAAUCCAAACCCUAACCCUCAUAGAUCCAGACAUAGAAUUCACUCCCCUUUUGAUCCAUCACUCUCCAAUCUCCCUUACCUUUCUGUUGAUCUACCACCUCGACCUAGCCCCACAAGUUCCCUCUAUGUUAAUCCCAACUUAACCAUUGAUCCUGAGUCAGAUAUGCCACCCUCCACGUCCAUAACAAUUCUGGAUUCCAACCCACAAACAUCCACUCCCCUGAUACCUUCGAGCCGUAAUCCCAACCUUGAUCCUUCUGAAACUCCCCUCUUAGCCAAACAGAAAUCAAAAGGUAAGGAGAAGAUACUCCCUUCGGUGAACCUUCAUGAUGAUCUUGUUCCAGUAAAUUUUUCGUCCUCUCCCUCCGCCUCACCACCAAUUUUCAAUAUUAUAGGGCCUUCAUCGUCAAAUUCAGUUCCUGAUCGAACCUACCACAUACUUUCUUCCUCUCCUGAUCCUAUUUUCACUGAUCCUCCCAUGCAUAAUUUGGAUUGUGCAUCCACCCCUAAAACCCAACCAACAACAACCACCACUUCUAAACUGCACACAACCCUCCUUAGUCCUUUCCUUGUUCCAGUUCCUAUGAUGCUUGACACACCAGCCCGUAAGGCAGCACGACGUUUCACCAUGGCAAGAAAGAAAGUUCUUCGUGAUUUCACGGAGAAGACAGAAUCUCCAAAACGAGUGAAACAGAAACUAAUAUAUGAUGAUUAUGUUGAAUUUGUUUGCAACCUGUGGAAGUUGAAGUUCUUAGUAAGAAGACCCGAUACGAAGCUUCUGUUUCAUCAAUUUCUUCUCCUGAAAAACAACUUAUGGAUGGCGGAUAAGCUUGGGAUAUUUGGUGUUGGUGUAGCAGCUCACGGUAAUUCUGGAGGAUUAGCCAUGUUAUGGAGGAAAGAUGUUAAUGUUAGUUUACGUUCUUUCUCGGAACGUUUCAUUGAUAUUGAUGUAGAACUACUUGGGGAAUCAAUUAGGGCCACGGGUAUAUACGGUGAGCCAAAUGUUUCACUCCGCAGAGAAGCUUGGGACUUGUACAAUUCUAUGUAUGAUACUUCAAGGAAACCAUGGGUGUUUUUUGGUGACUUCAAUGAGGUUUUGUCACAUGAAGAGUUUUCCGGUUGUUGCUCAAGACCUACUUGGCAGAUAUCAGCCCUCAGGAACUUGUUUGACAGUUUACAAUUAAUAGACAUGGGGUUCGAAGGGUACCGUUACACUUGGCAGCGGCUUCUUCAACAUCCUCGCAUCCAAAGGGCUCGUCUUGAUCGCGCAACAUGCAACCAGGAGAAUGUGCAUAUAGGACUGAUGAAUUGGAGCAAACAUCAUCAAUCUGAUUUUCAGAAAAGAAUAGAAGUGUUGAAAAAGGAGAUUCUGUCCAUUCAACAUGGUCAGAUUGAUGAUUCGAGACGAUUAAAUCUCGUUGAUCUCAAAAGAGAACUUGAUCUAUUGUUGGAGCGUGAAAACUUAAAAUGGAAGCAACGAGCCAAGCAACAUUGGUAUCGGGAAGGAGGUCGUAACUCCAAGUUCUUUCGUGCUUAUGCAAGAAAAAGGAAAGCUAUUAACCAUAUUGCUCGUUUGCGGGAUAAUUCUGGAGUAAUGAGGGAUAGUAUUAGUGAUUUGGAGAAGAUCAUAAUGGAUUACUAUGGGAGCCUUUUCACUUCAUCUGCCCCUUUAGAAUAUGAAAUUCAAGAGGCACUUAGCUGCAGGAAACAAAUCAGAAGCGGACGUCAAACCAACAUUUGGUGUGACAAAUGGCUGUCCUUAGAGCCAACUUUUCAUCCCUCAGUUUCUCAAUCAGGAAUGGAUCAUUUGGUUCUUGUUUCUGAUCUCUUUAGUGCAGAUGGUACGGACUGGAACAGAGAUUUGAUCCGCCAUAUUUUCCCGCAAACAGAAGCUGAAUCCAUCUUAUCCAUAGCUAUUCCUCAUACACGAUCAUCAGAUAGAUGGAUAUGGAACUACACCAAAAAUGGUAAGCACACUGUUCGAUCAGCAUACUACCAGAUUUUGAAUCAUCCACGCUUCUGUUUGAAUGGCUCAGAAUCAGAAAUGCUACCAUUAGGAGUCCGUGAUUUGGUAUGGAGCAAUCUCUGGCUUAUGAAGCUUCCACAACAUUUGCUAUUGUUCGCCUGGAGGCUGUGCAGCAAUAAAUUACCCACCCCAGACAACCUCAGACGUUGUCAAAUGUUCCCGGAUGGUACCUGCAGCUUAUGUAACCAAAGUGACAAUCACAACUGUCACAUUUUCUUUGACAAUCCCUUUGCAGUUCAAACUUUUCGAAUUUCAGGUCUGUUUGACAAAGUGAAGCUUCAUCAGCGUACAGAUUGUGAACUAUGGGCCAGAGCUUUAUUACUUAAUCUUCCUGCUUCGGAUCGCGAGUUCUGUUUUGCCAUCUUAGCCGGAAUCUGGCAAGCAAGGAACUUAGCACUUUUUGAGCAGAUGAAAACAAGUACGUGGGGGACAGUGCUGCAGGCCAGCAGGGUUGUUCAUGAUUUCAUUUCAUCCGCCCUCCAUCCAGAAAGGAAUGCAGCAUCUUUAUCAGUAUUACCAUCUGUAUUCAGGCCUGUUGGAAAUGCGAUCAGGGUUUAUUUCGAUGGUGCUGUCUCUCAAUCAAAGCAAUGUGCAGGUGUUGGUGUCUUUAUCACAUCUUCAGAGGGUCAUUUUCUACAUGGCUUGGCACGACACUUUCCUGAUGUACGUGACUCAGAAUUAGCAGAAACACUUACUCUGAGGGAGGCUUUGCUGUUAUGCAGGAAGAUCGGUCUUUCAGAUGUCAGUAUUUUGGGUGAUUCUCAAGUCAUUAUCAUUGCAACUAAUGGAGAAAUUGAUGGACUAUCUUCCUAUCAGCCGAUUCUUGAAGAUAUAAAAUGGAUCUGCCAUGAUUUGCCUGUCCGAAACCUUGGAUGGAUUCCACGCCAGGAAAAUGUAAUUGCCCACUCCUUUAACAAAUUUGCAAAACAUUCUGAUGUAAUUGAAACCUUGUAG